CAAACUGUGCUUGUUUGCAGAAUCAACUGUUAAGAAAUCUAGAGGACCAUCAUAUCACAAAUUUCUGUCAAAACCAUGCCAGUGGGAGAAGUCUUUCUUGGUGCUUUUCUUCAGGUGUUGUUUGACAGAUUGGCGCCGAGUAAACUGUCGCUCUUUCCAUGCGAAGAUGGGGUACGUUCGGAGUUGAAGCAGUGGAAGAGAAAGUUUUCAAUGAUCAAGGCAGUGCUCAAUGAUGCCGAGGAGAAGCAACUGAAGAACGAGGCUGUGAAAAUGUGGUUGGAAGAUCUCCAAGACUUGGCUUAUGAUGUGGAGGACAUCCUGGAUGAGUAUGCCACUCAGGUUCUAGAGCGGGAAUUGAUGACAGAACAAUCGACAAACAGAAUUGCUGAUUAUUUCUCUUCUUGGACUCAAAGUGCUCUGAUUUCCCAGGCUGAUAUGAAGUCCAAGACAGAAGAGAUAACUUGCCGUUUAGAAGAUCUCUGUGAAGAAAAGAAUUAUCUUGGUCUGAAAGAGAUUGCUGGAGGUUCAUCUACUAUUGCAUGGCAAAGACUACCUAGUACAUGUGUGCCAACUGAAUCAGCAGUUAUCGGAAGAGAUGCUGAUAAAGCCAAGAUACUUGAAAUGGUGUUAAGCAAUAAACAGAGUGGUGGCAGAUUACAGGUAAUACCCAUUGUUGGCCUAGGAGGAGUUGGCAAAACAACACUUGCUCGGGAGGUAUAUAAUGACAAGGCAAUGGAAGAUUUCAAUCCAAGAGCAUGGACGUGUGUCUCGGAUGAUUUUGAUGUUCUGCGUAUCUCCAAGGCUAUUUUUGAGUCAGUCACUGCAUCAACUUGUACUCUAACGAACUUAAAUGAAGUGCAGGUUCAGCUGAAAAAUAAGAUAGCGGGGAAAAAAUUCUUGCUAGUCUUGGACGAUGUUUGGAGUAAGGAUUAUGACUUGUGGGAAGCCCUAAAGUCUCCAUUCCUGGCUGGAGCACCAGGAAGUAGAAUAAUUGUAACUACACGCAGCAAAGAUGUUGCAUCGACAAUGGAACUAGAAGUAUGUUAUAACUUGGAGCUUCUGCCAGAAGAUGCCUGUUGGGUCAUAUUUGAGAAGCAUGUAUCUCAGAGUAGAGUUAUUACUGCAGGAAAGAAUAUGAAAUUACUUCGAGAGAAAGUUGUCAAAAAGUGUAAAGGCUUACCAUUGGCGGCAAGAACGCUGGCUGGCCUUUUACGAUCUAAGCAAAAAUAUGUUGAAUGGUUGGAUAUAUUGGACAGCGAAAUUUGGGAUUUGCCCAAGGAAAGUAACAUUCUCCCUAUAUUAAAAUUAAGUUAUUAUCAUCUUCCAUCACAUCUUAAGAGAUGUUUUGUUUAUUGUGCAAUUUUUCCUAAGGAUUAUGAAUUCAAGAAGGAAGAACUUGUAAUUUUAUGGAUGGCAGAAGGAUUUAUUCAACAAUCAAACCAUAAGAAGCAACUAGAAGACCUAGGCGACCAGUAUUUUUGUGAGUUAUUGUCAAGGUCAUUUUUUCAACAAUUAGGUAAUGAUAGUUUGAAAUUUGUGAUGCACGACCUUGUCCAUGAUUUGGCCCAAUGGAUUUCUCUAGAAACAAGUUUUAGAUUAGAGGAUGAAUCGAGUGUCAUGCAAAUAAGAAGAUGUGAAAGGAUUCGACACUCUUCUUACACAUUUAGGAAGUAUGAAGUUGAGAAGAAUUUCGAAGUUUUCCACAGAAUUGAGCAGCUAAGGACGUUCCUGAGAAUAUUUUCUCAACCAAAGUCAAUAUUAGAUGAGAGUUAUGUAAGUAAGUCAGUCUUUCCCAACUUAUUGCCAAAGCUCCAAAAAUUGAGAUCACUAUCUUUAACAAAUUAUCAUGAGAUUGAAUUACCCGACUCAAUUGGUGAUUUGAAACAUUUGAGGUAUCUCAAUCUUUCUAAAUCUCAAAUCACAAAUCUACCCGAGUCAACAAGUUCACUAAUCAAUUUACAAAGUUUGUUAUUAACUUGUUGUUAUCGUCUCAAGAAGAUGCCUUUACAAAUGGGAGAUUUGAUCAAUCUUCGCCAUCUUGAUAUUAGAGGUGCAAGACUUAUAAGAGAGAUGCCAUUAGGAGUGAAAAAACUGAAAUAUCUUCGAACUUUAUCUAAUUUUGUUUUGGGUAAAGGCAUCGGAUCUAGUUUGAAAGAUUUGAAAGAAUUAAAGUUUAUUCGUGGAGAACUUUAUAUUUCGAUGUUAGAAAAUGCAAUUGAUUGUCAUGAAACAGGAGAUUAUAUAUUGUGGGAUAAGAAGGACUUAGAAGUGUUAGUACUUGAAUGGAGUUCUUCUAUGCCUUAUCCAGAUGAAGCAGGGAAAAUGGUUCUCGAUAUUUUACAACCCCAUAAAAAUCUUAAAGAGCUCACAAUCAAUAAUUUUGGCGGCAAACAUUUUUCAUCUUGGAUAGGAGAUCCAUCAUUCUCCAAUAUGGUGGUCCUAAAAGUGGAUGGAUGUGAAAGUUGCAUAACCUUGCCUUCGAUUGGGCUAUUGGGGUCACUUAAAAACCUCACCAUUAAAGGGAUGAAAAUGCUUAAAAAAGUAGGCUGUGAGAUCUAUGGGGAGAAUUGCUCAGAGUGUUUUCAAUCAUUAGAGACACUUUGUUUUGAGAAUCUGCCUGAAUGGGAGCAGUGGGAUCCUUUUGAGGAAAAGUUGCAUGUGGAAAGUUUCUCUUGUCUCCGAAAGCUUUCCAUCAAACAAUGUCCCAAACUCUAUGGAAGAUUACCUAACCGUCUUCCUUCAUUAAAGGAAAUUGUGAUUAGUGAAUGUGAGCAAUUGGUUGUUUCGUUCACAAGCCUUCCAGAGCUCUGCAGUUUAAAAAUAGAAAGAUGCAAAGGCGUGGUAUGCAAUAGUCCAAUUGACUCCCAAACACUGAACCCUCUUCCUUUAUUGGAGACUGUUGUGAUUAAGGAAUGUGAGGAAUUGAUGGUUUCUUUCUCAAACCUUCCUAUGCUCCACUCACUGGAAAUAAAUAGAUGCAAAGGAUCAGACGUUGCUGGGUUUAGAAGUUGGUCAAAGGAUGAAUUUCAGAAAUUAGAAACUCUAACAAUCGUUGGUUGUGAGGAGCUCAUACAACUGUGGCCAAAUGUGAUAUGUCCUGAGAAGCCACCACAAGGGUUGGGGUUGGAUUGCUUUAUCUUGCUUAAAGAGCUAUAUUUGACUGAGCUUCCAAAUCUAGUUUCGUUUCCAGAUGGUUCUCUUUCCAGUCUCACCAAAGUUCAAAUUUGGAAUUGUGAAGCCAUAACAUCGUUACAUGAGGGGUUGAAGCACAACAAUGCACGUAUUGAGCAUCUGAGUGUUGCUAGCUGUCCUUCUCUGAUGUUCGUUGUGAGAGGCCGACUACCUUCAUCGCUAAAAACCCUUUGGGUAGAGGAUUGUGAAAAAUUGGGGAAUAUUUGGGAUGAUAGAGAGGAUACUUAUACUUCUUCCCCAUCUUCUUCUUUUUCAUUGAUGCAGAAGGAGAAUGUGGACAACACCACUACAUCUCUUCUUUGCGAAUUGAAUAUAUCACAAUGCCCUUCUCUCACGCAAUUAUCAUCAACACACCACUUACCUUCAACACUUAGAGGGCUUUUUAUUGGUUAUUGUUCAAAUCUCAGGACGUUAAUAGCAGGAGGACAGUUACCCAAGGCACUUAAAUUCCUCCGAUUUGAAGAUUGCCCGAAGCUAGAGUUAGAAGCGGACAGUUUUGAUAAUAACUCGUCUCUUGAUCGUGUUUGGAUCAGCGGAUGUGAAAAUCUUAGAUCAGUUCCCGAAGGCCUACAGACUCUACACAAUCUUAGUUAUGUAAGAGUAGAAAAUUGCCCAAAACUUGUUUCUUUCGCAAAAGAUGGACUUCCUAACACUGAAUUAACAGUCUUUAUCAGUGGAUGUGAGAAACUACAAGCCCUACCUAGUCACAUGCACACCCUCAAAUCUCUUCAAUCCCUAACCUUAUGGAACAAUCCAAAAAUGGCAUUCUUUCCCGAACAAGAUAUUCCCACCAAUCUAACGUCACUUGACAUUGAUGAUCCCAAAAUCUACAACUCACUUGCUGAGUGGGGCUUCCACAAACUCAUCUUCCUUCGAAAACUUAGGAUUGUUGGAUCCCCAGAGGCAGUGUCUUUUCCAGAGGAGGAAAAAGGAGUGAAGUUGCCAGCCUCUCUAGUUCAUCUAAAAUUACAAAAAUUCCCAAACUUGAAAUACCUAUCUUCCAAGGGUUUCCAGAAUCUCACCUCUCUUGAAAACUUGGAUGUCUUUACUUGCCCUAAUCUCACAUCCUUGCCACACUUCCCAUCCUCGCUUCUGCGACUAACUAUUUAUGGUUGUCAUGUGCUGAAGAAACGGUGCGAACGUGGUGAAGGAGAAGACUGGUCCAAGAUAGCCCACAUCCCGUACGUUAAGAUAGACAGCUAG